AUAAGAACUGUCCGACACGCCGGCAUCAGCCCAACCGAUAAACAAGGAGCAAAAACGUGCGCCCGCGCCGACCCGCUUCAUUCCAUUCCACCCCGCGCGAUUGGAUCAGUUCGUUCGCCUAUCUCGCUUCAACGUUCACUCUUCAGUUGUUCAUUCGCUUUCGUCGCGUCAACACACUCUGCGUGACUUCUCGCACUAUGUUCCAGCCAAACAACAACACAUAAACCAUCCAAAAUGAAGCCAAAUCGGUUAUAACGUUUCUUAAAACCCAUUAUUAUUUAGAUCGAAUAUUUUAUUUUUGUGAUAUUUAGUUACUAUCUCUUGUUUUAUUUAUAUCAUUACCAUGGGUUAUUAUAUUAUAUAAAUGUUUUAUUACUUAAUUAAAAAAUAGUGCUCAAGAUAAUCUCAUUCCAAAACGCCCAGUAAAUCAAAUUUAGUCCAAUAGUUUGUUUCAAAUAAGUAAAUUACAAUGACAGCAAAAACACGUUCACACUGGAAGGAAUAUGGAACAGCAUUCUGUGCAACGCUUAUCACUGCAACAGCGGGAACCUGCUACGGCUGGCCCUCACCCACACUACCCUACCUACAAUCCGAGAAGAGUGACAUCAAAACAUCAUCGGACGAAGCAUCAUGGAUCGUAUCAAUCAUGAUCCUGUGUUCAGCCCUAACGCCUAUACCCUCCGCAUAUUUCGCCGAUCGAUUCGGAAGGAAGACAGCCCUUCUUCUUGGUGCAAUACCUUUUAUAAUUGGUUGGGUGCUGGUCAUCGUAGCUAGUUCAGUGCCCGUGCUGUACGUCGCCCGCAUGUUCUCUGGCCUCGGUUACGGCAUAGUGUACACCGUCGCCCCGAUGUACACGGGAGAGAUCGCCACGAACGAAGUCAGGGGCGCCCUCUCUACUCUCAUUACAUUAAUGAAUAAGGUCGGCAUUCUUGCCCAGUACUGCAUCGGCCCCUUCGUAUCGAUGCGUGUCUUAGCAGCCAUCAACUUGAUCUUGCCUAUUUCCUUCGUAAUCACAUUCAUCUUCGUGCCCGAGUCACCGUACUACUAUUUAAAAUUCGAACGCAGCGAGAGAGCUGAAAGAUCACUAAGACAUUUAAGGACUGGCGACAUAAGACUUGAAUUGAAAAAUAUAGAAGUGAGUGUGCAAGAGGAUAUGAAGAAUAAGGGGACAUGGUGUGAUCUGAUCUUCGAGGCUACUAAUAGGAAAGCGUUAUGGAUAAGUCUGGGCGUGUUCACCGUACAACAGCUCUGUGGAAGUGCUGCGGUAGUGGCGUACGCUCAAGACAUAUUCUCAGUUACGGGGAGUAAGAUAGAACAUUAUCUAGAAUCGAUAAUUCUUGGAUGCGUGCAAGUAGCUACUUGUUGUCUAUCCGUCGUGCUUGUGGAUCGAGUUGGAAGGAAACCACUAUUAUUGUUAUCAGCACUCGGAGUUGGACUGAUGAAUGGGACGAUAGGCACCUACUUCUAUUUCUACGCCCAGAAUAAAGACAACGUGGCGCAUCUCCACUGGCUCCCUAUAACUGCUAUUCUUAUUUACAUAGUUUGCUAUGCGAUCGGUUUGUCGACGGUGCCUUACGUGAUUAUUGGAGAAUUGUUCCCGACCAAUGUGAAGCUGUACGCAUCUUGUGUUGCGCACAUUUACACCGGAAUCUCUAUGUUCACGGUCCAAAAACUGUUCCAGGUGGUGAAGGACACUUGGGGCAUUUACACAGUAUUCUGGGGUUUCUCCAUAUUCUCACUAUUGGGCCUGUUGUUCAUGCUCGCCAUACUGCCAGAAACUAAGGGCAAAUCCUUCUCCUGCAUCCAAGCUCAGCUAAGAAGAGACGUCGCGAGGGACAAUGCUAGCAAACUUAUGACUGUUGAGUAUUAACGCUAGCUUACGAAUUUUAGCCUCGAAGACGGGAAGGUUUCCAAUGGAUGGAUUCAUUAAGAUUAAUGUACUGUGGCUCUAUACUGACACAAAGGGAACCAUUUGUUGAUAUUUAUCUAUAAACUUGAGUGAAAAUAGUAUAUGUACAAAGAACUGAAACUUUAUAACUAUAGUACUUAUAAGGUAUUAAGGAUUAGUUUUAUGACUAGUAUUUUUUUUAUUUUAUAUAAGUUAUGAAUACUACUUAAAUAAAAAUGUGUUGUUAGUCCCAAGUAUUUAUAAAAUUACAUGCUAAAUGUGGCGCAAAUACUUUUAAUAAGUUUGUAACGUGAUUUCGAAACAUUAGGACUUUAAAGCUAGUCCAUGUAAACAAAAUGAAAAAUAAGAAUAAUGAACAUUUUAAAUGUUCAUUAUCCUUAUUUUUCGUAACAUAAAAACUCUAGCGCUAUUCUGUAAAGAUGUUUCUAUAUCUCGAUAGUGUGAGUUUCGAAUUCGUCUCUAACUGUCUCUAUCUAUAGUAUUGUGUUAGACAGAGAGAUGUCGAGACGAAUUUGAGUACCACACUGUUGAGUUAUAAAAACAUUAUUACAGAAUAGCGUUCUUGUCGAGACAUGCAAUGUCGCUUUAAGAGUAAUGUUAUAAAAAUAAAAAAGAACACUUAAAUAUGUAUUCCUUUAGGCGAAAUAAAACAAUUUGUGGUAACUAAAAUUGUAAUUUAAUUAUUUUUCAAAUAAUAUAGAAUAAUUUAAAUAACAUUUACAUAGAUUCGUACUUUCCUUUUUAGUUCAAUCCCUGCCAGUAAUAAGUCACAUUAACAAUUUCUCUGUACCCGAUCCAUAGGAAACCUCCACGUCUCGCAGUCUACUAGGGAUCAAGUUAAAAAAAAGUUAAGGUAUUAAAUAAUUAAUGUAAUGAUAGUUUUACAUACGUACUUAGUGACUAAACGUGUCAUAUAAGUAGCCUAAGUAGUGGCAACAGGGGGAUUAACGUCGGGACGAGGCCUGAGACGCCGGAGAAGGCGGUGAAGUCCUGCGGGUCGUAGUCGGGGGGCAGGCCUCGCGAGGCCACGACGCCCGCGAACAGUCUCGCCGAGUCCUUGGGCGUCCGCGUCUUGUUCGGACUGUUGAAGUCGACCAAGUAAAGACCGAAGCGGGACCUGCAAUUGCAUUUACAAACAUGACGAGUGAAAUUAAAUAUGAUUUGAGAGUAAA